AUGGGUGCUUCUGAAUCCAAACUCCGAGUAGACGACUCGAACGAAGCACCGAGGCAAGGAUACCACGUUGUACGAGUUGCGGCUGGCUCACCCGCUCACCUUGCCGGCAUCGAGCCGUUUUUCGACUUUUGCGUUGGAAUCGAUGGCGUAGCGCUUGAUCCGUCAAAGGACGUCGACGGCGGAGGCGACGCUACAGGAUUGGGAGCGUGGAAGAGUCUGGAAGAGCGCGAGGGAACACAAGUCAUUCUGAAUGUAUGGAACUCGAAACGUCAGCAACUGCGUCAAGUCAGCCUUGUACCAUCAAGAGAAUGGUCAUCUCAGCCGUCGACCAGCAGCAUCAAUGGUACCAGUUCACGAGCAACUUCGCAACCUUCGCUUUUAGGACUCUCUCUGAGGCUAUGCAACCCAUCCCAAGCACUUUCGCAUGUGUGGCAUAUCUUGGAGAUCCUUGAAGGCUCACCUGCUGAGUCUGCUGGUCUGGUUCCCUUUGGAGACUUUGUCAUUGGCUGGCCUGGUGGCGUUUUGCAGGCCGAAGGCGACUUUUACGAGCUUGUGGAAGCACAUACCGACCGUGCAUUGCGGCUGUACGUGUACAAUUCCGACUAUGAUCACACAAGAGAGGUCAUCAUCGUACCAAAUCGUGAAUGGGGCGGAGAAGGCUUGCUAGGCUGUGGAGUCGGGUAUGGGCUGUUGCAUCGUAUUCCAAAACCGCAAGACCUGCCCAAGGUACCGCCAGAAAUGUCGUCGCACGAUGACCAAGAGCCACCGAAUUCCGAGGACCAAUUGAAAACGCCACGCAUCGGCGGUCCUCCUUCUGCAUUCGCAACACCGACCGGUACUUCGCGCUUUGAUGAAGACGAAUUCAGUACACCGCUCGCUAACCCUUUGAGCGCAAAUCCAAGAGCAGCGGCUUCAAACGGAUUCCAAGGCCGCCAACUGUACGGCGACAGUCACGAACAAGAUGAAUUGGACGACGACGACCAAGACUACGAAGCCAAUCGAUCCGGUGUCACUGUCAGCAUGCGGCGUGAAGAAGACCAAGACCAAGGCGACAUCACAGAUUUCGCAUGA